AUGAAGCCUGCUAGAGAUGCCAUCAACAUUAUUUUCAAGAAAUGGGACAUUGGGGCAUUCCAGGUAGAAGACGAUGCUAGACAUUAUAUAGAGAAUCUGCUUGAAGAGAUUAAUGCCCAAAUCCUUCCAUGGUUGGAAGCUCCAAAGGAAAAGAAGUCCGAGCUGGGAAAGUGUUUGCUGCUGCUGCUAGUAAUUCUUCACCUACUCAGGCUAGGAAAAAAGAAGCCUAGGAAGGACUUUGGUGGAGCUACCACUGAUGCUCAUGAAGAGGAAGUGAAUGAGACCCUUUUGAACCUUGUGGUUGACCCAGAUGCCUAA